AUGCCGACUUGGAACCAAAUUCAGUCACAACUGAGAAAUCCAAACAAUCCUGUGGUAUUUUUCGAUGUCACAGUCGGGACCACUGAAAUUGGCAGAAUGAUUUUUGAACUAUUUGCUGACAUUGUACCAAAAACUAGUGAAAAUUUUAGAGAAUUUUGUACAGGUGAAUAUAGAAGGGAUGGAGUCCCACUGGGUUAUAAAGGAGCAACAUUUCAUAGAGUUAUUAAAGAUUUUAUGAUUCAAGGUGGUGACUUUGUAAAUGGUGAUGGAACAGGUGUAAUGAGCAUUUAUGGAGGAAGUACAUUUGCUGAUGAAAAUUUUGCAUUGAAACAUGAUUCACCAGGUCUUUUGUCAAUGGCCAAUAGUGGAAAGGACACAAACGGUUGUCAGUUUUUCAUAACGUGUGCAAAGUGCAACUUUCUAGAUAAUAAGCAUGUAGUGUUUGGAAGGGUUAUUGAUGGAUUAUUAGUUAUGCGAAAAAUAGAAAAUGUGCCCACAGGUCCCAAUAACAAACCAAAAAUACCAGUUACAAUAUCACAAUGUGGACAAAUG